AUUCAAGAUGUUUACUGUGUUUGUUGCUUGUCCGUGAAAAUAUUUUAUGUUCAUUCUUCUUUUGAUUCCCUGAAAGCUGGAACAUGGACAAGAUAAAUCAGACAUUUGUGAGAGAAAUCAUUCUUCUGGGACUCUCUGGGUACCCAAAACUGGAGAUCAUUUUCUUUGUUCUAAUUCUAGUUAUGUACCUAGUGAUUCUAUUUGGCAAUGGUGUUCUGAUCAUAACAAGUAUGUUUGAUUCCCAUCUUUACACACCCAUGUACUUCUUCCUGGACAAUCUCUCUUCUCUGGAUAUCUGUUGCUCAUCCUCCUCUGUUCCCUCAACUUUGGUGAGCUUAAUCUCAAAGAAAAGAAACAUUUCCUUCUCUGGAUGUCCAGUGCAGACGUUCUCUGGGUUUGCAAUGGGGUCAAUAGAAUGUUUCCUUCUUGGCAUGAUGGCAUUUGACCACUAUGUGGCCAUCUGUAACCCUCUGAGAUAUUCCACUAUUAUGAACAAAGUGGUGUAUGUACUGAUGGCUUCUGUGUCAUGGCUUUCUGGUGGAAUCAACUCAAUUGUGCAAAUAUCAUUUGCUAUGCAAUUGCCUUUCUGUGGGAAUCACAUUAUUAAUCAUUUCUUAUGUGAGAACUUAGCUGUCCUUAAAUUAGCUUGUGCUGAUGUAGCCCUCAACAUUGCUACACUAACAGUGUAAAAUAUUGCUUUUCUAGUUCUCCCUCUGCUGGAUUUCUUCUCCUAUAUGUUCAUCCUCUACACCAUUUUGAGAAUGAAUUCAGCUUCAGGGAGACGCAAGGCCUUUUCUACCUGCUCAGCUCAUCUGACUGUGGUGAUCAUAUUUUAUGGUACCAUCUUCCUUAUGUAUGCAAAACCUGAGUCCCAAGACCUCCUUGGGAAACACAAUUUGCAAGCUACAGAGGGGCUUUUUCCCAUGUUUUAUUGGGUAGUAACCCCCAUGGUAAAUCCCAUAAUCUAUAGCUUGAGAAAUAAAGAUGUAAUAGCUGCCAUGAAAUAUUUACUGAAUAGAAAAUCUGUUGAUCAAUAA